AAACAAUUUUGGGGGCGGGGCUGCUUGCAAUUUUAUACAUGUAGCUAGCUAGAACCAUGGCGGUGAGAUCCUCUUCUGGUCGGAAGGAUGCUGCUAAAGGGGACAACUUUAGAGUGGCUGUUAGAGUGAGGCCGCUCAUAGCUAGAGAGAUCAAGAGCAAUACGGGAGAGUGUGUCCUAGUGAGCCCUGAGGGAAAUGCAGUGACUGUUAAUAAGCCAGAGUCGAGAAGGAGACAGUCACAAAUUGGAAUCGAUGAUUUCGGAGAGCUAGUUCGAUCGGACACGAACAACACUCACAAUUUCUUCUACGAUAUCGUCUUCUCCCCAAAUUCAACACAAGACCAGAUAUUUGGUGUGUGUGCUAUGGAGAUUGUUGAGAGUGUUCUACAAGGUUACAAUGGCAGCCUGAUCGCUAGUGGACAAACAGGAUCUGGUAAGACCUUCACCAUAGAGGGAGGUCAUGAGGAGAUGACUAGAGGCAUCAUCCCAAGAGCUACUGAACUCAUCUUUAAGCACAUUGAGAACUAUCCCAGUAAAAAGGACAGGUUUCUAGUGAGGACUUCGUAUAUGGAGAUCUACAAUGAGAAGCUGUUGGACCUCAUGGCUCCCAGUCGUGACAAUCUUCGUAUUCGUGAGGAUGGAGUGGGCGGAGUUUUUGUGGAGAACCUAUCAGAGCACGUUGUGAGGAACACGGCUGGUAUCAUGUCACUACUGAGGGAGGGGGCUAGACUCCGGACCACCGCUACUACCAAGAUGAACAAGGAGAGCAGUCGUAGUCAUGCGGUAUUCACGAUCAUAGUGGAGCAUGCAGAGCACCAGGCCGACUCCGGGGGUAGCGUCGUCACUAUCGGGAAACUAAGACUGGUCGAUCUAGCCGGAUCAGAGAGGUUGGACAUAGAUGCUCAGAGCAAGCAGCAAGAAGAAACUAAGAAUAUCAACGUCUCACUCCACACAUUCGGGAAGGUUGUUACUGCCCUCACGACUCCCGGUGUUAAGUAUGUCCCGUACAGAGACUCUAAACUCACACGAAUACUGCAAGACUGCCUCGGGGGUAACUGUAAAACAACGCUCAUUGCCACGGUAACUGCAUCUUCGUCGUGCUAUACGGAGUCUAUGAACACACUCAAAUUUGCAAAGAGGGCCAAGAACAUCAAGAACACUGCUCUGGUGAACAAAGAUGUCUCCCAGAAAGCUCUCCUCUCAGCCUACCAGAAAGAGAUACACAAGCUCAAGGAGCAGUUGGAACAGAGAGGUGAUGGUUCUGGACGAUUGGAGAUUGAGAAACUGGAGAAAGAAAAGAUUGAAGCUGAAAAAGAGAAGGAGGAGGUGUUGUCACAGUUACGAGCCCACCAGAGACGAGUAUCCGAGGCCGAGAGUGAUAGGGAGAAACUGUUACAAAAAGUCUCCCAUCUUGAGGAAAUGGUACUGUACAGUGGUGAGGAGGUCACUGAAACAUCAGAGUUUAAACAAGCUCUGCAAAAGGAGCAUGCUCGACUCAAAAGGGAAACAGAGUCGACCAUGGAACAGAGACUGAGGGAACUGGAAGAUGAGAAGAUAAGAUUACAGACUGAGAGAGAAGAGAUUCAGAAACAAAAAGAAUACUUUGCCAAAAUGAGGACAGAGUUUCAACCAGACGGAGGGAAGGAUGAAACUGAUGGUGAAGCAAGUACUGAAGUUCCUACCAGACCUGUCAGAAGGAUUAACAGUGCAACCAAACCAAUAACACCGCCCAGUUCCCUGUCCACCCGCCCUCCUCCCUCUGGUGCACAUAUUCCCCCGUCCCUCCUCUCCACUGUACCACGAAGGUUCGCCAGUGCCGAUGUGCUCUCCGCCUCUGGAAGCUUUCGUGCGGGUAUGCCAGGGCAGGGAUGGGCCCACUCUACACGACCACAUCUCCACACACCACCCAACCAGCAGACUAUUCAUCUGGAUAAUAGUUCUACUGAGGCUUUGAGAGAUUACGCAUCAGCCCUGGCCCAUCCCACCUCCGGCAUCCCCUGUCAGGAGCUCCACUCUGGUGUGCGCAUCUUCACUGGCUCUGAGUGUGUGAAGUGGUUCCUCAAGAACAUGGUGGGCGUCACCACUGUACAAGCCGCUCAGGACGUGGGACAGAGAUUGAUGGACCUCAAUGUGUUCAUGGAGAUACAAGGCCGGAAACAAUUUGUUGUGUCGGACUCUGUCUACUACCAGUUCAGUGCGGCCAGACUAACAGGACCACCUCGGAGUGCCCCCACACUAACCAGACCUCACUCAAUGGCUGGGGGUAUCAAUUACCCCUCCCACCCACCCCCCUCAAGGGGGUCACUAGGCAGUCUCACUGGGAAAUCCUCCUUCCCACAGCGGGCAACUCUACACAGCACCAGUGGAUUGUCAAGCCAAUGGGAUUCUCAGUCCACGGCCUCGCUGGCUACCUCGGUGGCCUCCCUCGAUAUCGGAGGAGAUCUGUUAGAACACUUUGGACUGUCUGAACACUUUCCCACUGAGCUACACGUCUCCGCCCUCUAUGGUGAUCGCUCUAGACUGAAGGUGUUAGUGAAAGAGCUAAGUGUGGAUUGUUUAGAUACUGCCGGCCACACCCCCCUCAUGUACGCUGCCAUUGGGAAACAAGCGAAGUGUUGUCUCCAGCUGAUUCGACUAGGUGCUGGCGUGAACGCUGCCAAUCAAACUGGCCAGACGGCAUUGCUAUUGGCCACUGCCCUGGAUUAUGAGGACAUCAUAAAGCUACUCCUAAAAAACGGUGCACUGACCCAUUUCGUUGAAGAGUCUGGACAGACUGUGUUCCAUCUAACAGCCAAGAGCUCUAACCCAAAAUGUUUGGAGUAUCUGUGUAAGUACUCCACCGAGAAUCAUGGUAUCAGUGAUAGGGACCAUCACUAUCGCACUCCCCUACACAUGGCAGUCAUCACCGAUCACCCCGGCAAUGUGCAGAAACUACUAGACGCUAAGGCUGAUCUGGGUAUCAGUGAUGUUGAUGGUAGAACUGCUCUUCACUAUUCAGUGCUGCAAAGGAAACUAUCCUGUGCCCAUGUCAUCGUGGACACUGUGCCUAACGAUGUGAACCUGGUGGACACAGUUGGAUGGAGUGCACUACACGUAGCCUGUAAUGAUAACAAUCUUGAGUUUGUCUCACUCCUAGCAGCCAGUCCAGGUUGUGAUCUCAACCUCAAGGACAAGGAGGGAUGCACUCCACUGCACAUUGCUGUCAAGAGGAACUGCCCUCAGGCCAUUAAGAUACUGGUUGCCAAUGGUGCCAACACUAGCUUCAAGGACAACUCUGGCAAGACUGCUCUACAGCAUAGCAUGAAAAAGGGCCUAACUGAGUGUACCCAGGUGCUAAGUGUUCAAGUGUGUCCAGUUGAGAACUGAAACUAUAUUUUAGACUAUUAGUGUUUUGUAUGUGUAGCUAUAUGCCUUGCAGAAUUACUGUGAUACAGUUUUCAGUCUGGUGUAAUUACCUCUUAAAAAGUAUACACUAUAUUCAUGCAAUGUUGAUUAUAAUGA